UGUCUCCGCGGGUGGGAGGGGUGGGUCUGGUAAGGCUGAAGCGGCGGUGGCCGCGGACCCUGUGCCCGCGGCUGUUCCCUGGGAGAGCGUGCGGCGCGGAGUCCUCCGUCGCCUUCUCUGGCUGCCGGGCCAACUGGCCUCAGAUGGUGGGUCCGGAGGAUGCCGGACCCUGCUCGGGAAGAAACGUCAAGUUGCUCCCGGUGCCGGUGCUCGAGCCAGUGGGCCAGGACAGGAAGAUGAGCCGGGCCACGGGCGGCUUCAGCGGAGGCGUCGGAGCUGUAGAGCCGCCAGGGGCUGAGGAAGAGGAAGAAGAGGAGGAGGAGGACGAGGAGGAGGAGAGGCAGCCUCCGCAGCUCCUUGAGCGUUACCUCGCCGCGGCCGGGAGCCGGUUGGAGCCGGGGCUCUGUUAUUGUGUCCUGCCUGCCGGCCAGGCCGGCGCCCCAUCAUCCUCGGUCACCCCGCACUGGAACGCCCGCCCGCCGGGCCCGGGCUCCAAGCUCCGAGGCUCAGAGGUGGCGGGUGCCCGCUCGCCGCGACACGGAGGCAUGACCAACGGGGAUUUGGGCUUUCUGCCGCGCCAGGACCGUGGUGAGCUGGAAGAGGCUAGCGGGCUGGCUCGCGCCGAUGACCCUCAGUUGUGCGGCCGCCGUCCCUGCCCGUACAGCCGCUUGCGCCUCCAAGGGCCUGGAGAAGAGGGUGCGGACGACGCGGGCACCGCGGAGGACUGGGCCGCGCCCUUGGAGGACCCGCUGCGGAGCUGCUGCCUCGCGAACGUGGACGCCAGAAAGCCCGAGGGCCCAGGCGGUGCUGCCUCGGGUUCUGAGGAGGGCGCGCCCCCAGCCUCCCCCUUGAUCCAGAGAACUAGUGGAGGCGCGGAGGUGGUCCACGGUUGCCCGGACGUUUGCUCAAACUCACGGAACACAUUCGAGGUGUGCCGCCGCCAGAGCGCAGGCGACCACCUGACCUCGGCAGGGCUGCCGGCGUCCUCGCCCACUGCGGAGCAGGAGCCUGGGGGUACCUCGGCCUGGGCUCGGCGGAGCGGCGGCUUAGCCGACUUCCUCGCCAGAAACCUUUUUCCAAGGACAAAGGAACUUAAAUCAGUUGUUCGUAGUGCCCCUGGUUGGAAAUUAUUUGGUAAAGUCCCUCCCAGAGAGAAUCUUCAGAAAACUUCCAAAAUAAUUCAGCAGGAAUAUGAAGCACGAACAGGGAGAACUUGUAAACCAUCGACUCAGGCCUCAAGAUGUAAAAAUUUUGAAUUUGAGCCACUUUCUACCACUGCCCUGAUUCUUGAGGAUCGGCCAUCAAAUCUUCCUGCUAAGUCUGUGGAAGAAGCAUUACGUCACCGACAAGAAUAUGAUGAGAUGGUGGCCGAAGCUAAAAAACGAGAAAUUAAAGAAGCACAUAAAAGAAAAAGAAUGAUGAAAGAACGAUUUAAACAGGAAGAAAAUAUUGCAAAUGCAAUGGUAAUUUGGAUCAAUGAAAUACUACCCAAUUGGGAAGUAAUGCGUAGUACAAGAAGAGUUCGAGAAUUGUGGUGGCAGGGAUUGCCCCCUAGUGUUCGUGGGAAAGUUUGGAGUCUAGCUGUAGGAAAUGAACUAAAUAUAACUCCUGAACUUUAUGAGAUCUUCCUAUCAAGAGCAAAAGAACGGUGGAAAAUUUUCAGUGAAACAAGUUCAGAGAAUGAUAUAGAAGGUGUAUCUGUUGCUGACCGAGAGGCCAGUCUGGAAUUAAUUAAGUUGGACAUAUCCCGUACAUUCCCAUCUCUCUUCAUCUUUCAGAAGGGUGGCCCAUAUCAUGAUGUUUUACAUAGUAUCUUAGGGGCAUAUACAUGUUACAGACCUGAUGUUGGUUAUGUCCAAGGGAUGUCCUUCAUUGCAGCAGUACUCAUUCUCAAUUUGGAAGAAGCAGAUGCCUUCAUUGCAUUUGCCAAUCUCCUGAAUAAGCCAUGCCAACUGGCCUUUUUUCGUGUGGAUCACAGUGUGAUGUUGAAAUAUUUUGCAACAUUUGAAGUAUUCUUUGAAGAAAAUCUCUCCAAAUUGUUUCUUCAUUUCAAGUCUUAUAGCCUUACACCAGAUAUAUACUUGAUAGACUGGAUCUUCACACUAUAUAGCAAAUCGCUACCACUGGAUCUGGCCUGUCGAGUUUGGGAUGUAUUUUGCAGAGAUGGGGAGGAAUUUUUAUUUAGGACAGGACUAGGAAUCCUCCGAUUAUAUGAAGAUAUUCUCCUACAGAUGGACUUUAUUCACAUAGCGCAGUUUCUAACUAAAUUACCAGAAGAUAUCACAUCAGAAAAGCUGUUCAGCUGUAUUGCAGCAAUUCAGAUGCAGAAUAGCACCAAAAAAUGGACUCAGGUCUUUACAUCUGUAAUGAAGGAUAUUAAAGAAGGAGAGAAGAAUAGCAGCCCUGCUCUGAAAAGCUAGUCUUCAAAAUUAAGACUAACUGAAAUAGAAACAGUUGAUUUUUGGAGAGGUACUAGUUUUUGUUUCCUAUGUAAACAGCAUAGAAGAUGUUGGAGAAAUUGAAAACCAUAAGGUGGAAAACUGCUGGUUUUAAAUUCAUGGCCAGAGUAAUGAAAUAAGUAGUUUAUUGACAGUAUUAAUGAAUAAAGUAUUUUGUAGGGAUAGCCAUUUUUUUCAGAGAAAAAAGUUUAAAUAUUUCAGACUUCAUAAAUUUGGAUUGAAUAGUCUAAUGCAAUAAAUUUUUUAAAAUAGAUUCAGAGAUACUUCAAAUUUUUACAUCUUUUCUUUUUUUAAAUAAUAUACCACAGAGGCACUUUGAAGAAUUGUUCAAUAUUAAUCUCCCAAAUGCUAUAAAUACAUAUGUUAUCUCUAAUUCCAAACUUUUGAAGAUUAUAUUAUAGAUCAAGAAUAAGCAGCUUUGUACAUUAAGUUACCACAGUUGUUAUCUUCAUUUGCAAGUUGCAGCAAAUGUGAAUUAUCUGGGAACUGCAAGUACUGGUAGAAAAUUGUUUCUUGUUCAUUAGGUUUUGUACCACAGUUGUGUCUAUUUGUUCCUGAAGGGGAAUUAUCUUCCUUAAGGAAUUCUUCUCAUGGAAAGAAUCUUAGCCUUUCAGUUUCUGUUCUAACAAAUUGUUCCCCUAGUAAUUUAACAUUAAGAAAAUAGUAGAAUUAAAGUUCUUUGCACUUUAGUGGACUGAAGACUUUAGGAGUAAGUCUAAAAAUAUAAAUGAGGCUUUUCAUUGGUAAGAGUAAAAUGUAGUGAAUUCUGGGAGUUCUUAAACUCCCAGAUUUAAACAGCAUAGUACUUGAAAAGACUUUAUAUGUUACUGUUAAAAUUCCUUCUCUGUCUAUAGAAACAAAAUUUGUUAAUUUCAGUUUAAAAUUUGAAAUCUUACACUUAGCUAAGUCCAUGACUUGUGAAAUACUAUGCAUAAUUUUUCUAAUCAGUGAAAAUAAAGAGUAAAAUAAAAGGGUAAAAUUAACUUUUUCUGAGUCUAACUCAGUAUAGUGAAUACAUUAUUAAUCAUUGAUAAAUUGGCAUUAAAUGUAUUGUUUUGAACCUAAAUUAAGUCACUUGAGUGUUAUAAGUGGUAUCUGUGUAACAUACUAUGUGGUGAAUAAUUUAUAGUUUUAUGUUGCAAUAUGGUUUGAAAUAAUUAAGCACACUAUUUUUGUUAGUGGUAUCUGUAUGUAUAGUCUUCAAACUAACAAGCCUGAGAUCCUUGUUAGUAUAAUGACUGCCUCUUAAGGAGUAUGGGACCAGAGGGUGCCUAUAUAUUUUUACUCUCUGGGUCAUUCUAGCGUAGGGACUAUCAGUAGAACCCUCACAAGUUAACUCCUGUCACAGGGGCUUGCUUAGUAGAAAGUGACAGUGUAAUAAAAUAUUGAGGGAGUGUCCAGGGUUUUAAUAGGUUUUUAAAUAACCUUUUAACUCUGGUAACAAUUUCCUUGGUAUUGAUGUCCCGGAGAGAGGGAAUAUAACCUCUGGCAGUAAUCUCACUGAGUUACAUGACCUACUUAAAUUUAAUCUUUCUUAAUGUACUUACUGUAUUUUUUUCUUACUUAUACUUGUACAGUUUCUUUACCUUUCAAAUAUAAAUGUGUAUAUAAAAUGUAAAUACAAUGAAUUCACUAAAAACCACUAAUAACAAUUACUUUGUGAAUAAAACUUUGCAAACAGAAA